AGUUGAUCUCUUAAAAAUCGAACACUGUGCUCAAACAGUGUGUCAUUCACGCCAGUGGCUUAGACCGGCAGUCGCUUGUGGAUAAAAGCCAAACGUAAGUUGACUAUAAAAGGCCAACAACUCGCCGCUACGACAUCAGUUAUUAAUUCCCCGUUCAAGUUUAAACACUUAAGCAUUUACCAAAAACAAAACAGUAACAAAAUGGAUUUCUACUACACCGCUGGCUCCUCACCUUGCCGUGCCGUCAUCAUGACCGCCAAAGCACUCAACGUCAACUUGAAUAAGAAGAACCUGAAUCUAAUGGCCGGCGAGCACUUGACACCAGAGUAUCUGAAAAUCAAUCCACAGCAUACCAUACCCACUUUGGUGGAUAACGGUUUCGCUCUAUGGGAGUCGCGCGCCAUUAUGGUCUAUCUUGCUGAAAAAUAUGGCAAAGACGACACGUUGUACCCCAAGUGCCCGAAGAAGAAGGCCGUGAUCAAUCAGCGUUUGUACUUCGACAUGGGCACACUGUAUAAGAGCUUCGCCGACUACUACUACCCGCAAUUAUUCGCUAAGGCACCGGCUGAUCCCGAGUUGUACAAGAAAAUAGAGACGGCCUUCGAGUUGUUGGACACCUUCUUGGAGGGUCACAGCUAUGUCGCCGGCGACGCACUCAGCUUGGCUGACAUAGCAGUUGCAGCAACGGUCUCCACAUUCGAUGUGGCCGGUUUUGACUUCAGCAAAUAUGCUAAUGUGGCUAAGUGGUAUGCUAAUGCCAAGCGGGUGGUUCCCGGCUUCGAUGAGAACUGGCAGGGUUGCUUGGAGUUCAAGGCUAAAUUCUUCCACUAAAUACUCGUACAAAUCUAGGCUGUAGCUUGUUGGAAUUGUGUGCUUAUUAUUACUUAUAAUUGAAAGACAAAUGUAUUAUUUGAAUAAAUAUGUAUUAUUUUUUUAAGAAUA